AUGACUGAAAACUCAAGCUCCAGAAUGGACACCCCAACAAACAUCUCUCUGAGUCCCGGCAUCUCCGUCUCUGACUCGUUGGAAUACAAGACGGUGUCAGUGUUCCUGGUCUUGCUUGUGUGUGGUGUCGGCAUUGUGGGAAACAUCAUGGUGGUCCUUGUGGUGCUUACAACGCGCCACAUGAGGACUCCCACCAACUGUUAUCUGGUUAGCCUUGCUAUAGCAGACCUGACUGUGCUGGUGGCGGCGGGACUGCCUAACGUGGCGGACAGUCUGAUGGGGACUUGGGUGUUUGGCCACGCCGGCUGCCUGGGGAUCACCUAUCUUCAGUACCUUGGCAUCAAUGUGUCCUCCUGCUCCAUCACUGCCUUCACUGUGGAGAGGUACAUAGCUAUCUGCCAUCCAAUGAAGGCUCAGACAGUGUGUACGGUUUCCAGGGCCAAGCGGAUCAUUGCUGGGGUUUGGAUCUUCACCUGCAUCUACUGCAUGCUGUGGUUUUUCCUUGUGGACAUUCAGGUCAGCCAGGAUGGACAUGUGCAGUGUGGCUACAAAGUGAAACGCGAGCUCUACCUGCCGAUCUACCUCAUCGACUUUGCCAUUUUCUACGUCAUCCCGCUGCUUCUUGCAAUUGUGCUGUACGGCCUCAUCGCACGGAUCCUCUACCUCAACCCUCUGCCCAACCAGCCUGACACCAGAGCCACCACACUGCGGCGGAGCUGCCGGGAAGCCUCUGAAGCAGGAAAGGGAGGUCGCCCAGGCCGGCCAAAGAGUGCGCUCUCCUCCAGGAAACAGGUGACAAAGAUGCUGGCAGUGGUGGUGAUCCUAUUUGCUCUUCUUUGGAUGCCCUACCGGACUCUGGUUUUGAUUAACUCUUUUGUAUCAACGCCCUACCUUGACGCCUGGUUCAUCCUGUUUUGUCGGACAUGCAUCUACGCCAACAGCGCUAUAAACCCUGUGAUAUACAACGCCAUGUCUCAGAAGUUCCGCUCUGCAUUCCGUGGGCUUUACCGUUGUCAACAGCCAGAUGUAAACCAGAGGACGCUGUCGCUGAUCCAAACUGGAUUCAGCACUGUCCGAGACCCACGAACAUCCCAGCCCAGCAGCAAUGGUACAAAUGGAAAGACAAGAAAAGCCAUCCUAAGUACCAAUAUGACAUCAAAGCAGAAUGGAAGUGGUCAUCAGGAGUCAGAAAGCUUAAGUGACAAGAAGGCAGAACAUUUCAUCGAUAUUAGCUCAACUACUUUUGGUUUAGCUUUGAAUGGAAAUGAGAAGCCGGACACAGGCCUAGCAGCCUUCUACCACCAUCAGGCCAGGCUUGAACUUAGCAGCAGCCAGCUGCUAACAGGCCAGGCUCAGGCCCAGCAGUCACCAUCCAACAGGCUCAGACCAAGCAACCAGCAGGAUCUGCACUUUCACUACCGCCUGAGUAGGUCAUCGAUUGAGACCCUGAUGGCCUAUACUCAGGAGGGAGAAGACCCUACAUGGGAGGUCCUCCUGGUGGUGCACUGGCUGGCACAUGGGUUGUCUUACACUGUUGUCUCUCGGGUCUUCGAUGUGCCAAAGACAACCGUCUUUGACAUUGUUCAUGGAAUGUGUGACACACUUCUUUUCCACCUGGAAAAAGAUGUUCAAUUUCCAACCCUCGCACAGUGUGCUGAAGUAGGCAAUGGCUUCCAGCACCUAGCCAACAGCCCAGCCUUCAGCCACUGUGUGGGAGCCAUUGAUGGAUGCCACAUCCGAAUCAAAGCUCCCCACGGUCCCCAUGCAGCAGGUUACCUGAACAGGAAACUGUUCUACUCAGUCCAGCUGCAGGCGAUCUGUGACAGCACUGGCAAAUUUCUGGACAUUUUUGUGGGCUACCCUGGUUCAGUCCACGACACCAGGGUGCUGCGAAAUAGUCUAGUAUUUGUCAGGGACUGUUACCCACCAGCUGGAUAUUUCAUCGUGGGGGAUGGGGGAUAUCCGUGCCUCAGUACCCCAUACCGGGAGGCUCGCUAUAAUGCUCACCAUGCCAGAGGGCGGUGCAUCAUAGAGAGGGCCUUUGGCAUGAUGAAGGCACGGUGGCGAGGGACCUUCUUCAGAGCCCUAGAAGUGGAUCACACCUUUGCUCUGAAUGUUGUGGCAGUAUGUGUAAUGCUCCAUAACAUCUGCCUCACUGCUGGGGACAUCUUGGAGCAUCCUGUGCCUCCACCACCACCACCACCACCACCUGUACAAGGGGAUGAGAAUGGGGGUCAGCGUUUCAGGGGACAGGCUGGCAGCACAUGCGUCAGCCCCAGACCAAUGUCCCCCCGCACUGCAGGAUCAUGA